CCUACCCAACAUGAGGCUUCACUUCACACGGAAACAUGGAAAGCCCUCGUGUGCGUUUACAUUUUCACAAUUUUGCCCCUGGCCGCGGAGGGAAUAGCUGGUUUCUGAUAAACAGAAGCAGUUGCAAAACAGUUCAGGAUUUGUUACGUGACAUUCAGCAAUCUUACCGGAUUGGCACCGUGCCACUGAGGUGCAGUUUAAAAGGCUAUCUGCUUCCACAAUGGGAGAACAUUGAUAUUAUUCGAGAUGAUGACGAAUUACUAAUUGAAGAAGAUCCCCAUGAAAACGAUUGUUAUCAGGAAAAAAGACUCUCUCAGGAGAAAAAUGACAGUCGAGCCAAUGAUAUAUUACUAAAUAAAGAGGUAGGUAUUUCUCCAAAGGAAGCACGCAGAGGGAAGAAGAAGAUCAAAAGAAAAAGAGCCUUAACAGAAACUAGUUUACUAGAUGAUGAAAAGCUUGCAAGCAGUGAGCAAUAUGAUGUAAAGCCAAAAAAGAGAAAGAAAUCAAAGAAGUCUCAUAAGCAAAACUUAGACAAUGGAAAGCAGCAGUCAACUUUUGAAAUCAAAUCCAACCACAAAACUGAAGAAACGGAACAUAAAGAAGCAUAUAUAUUUAAAGAAGAUAGAAAAAGAUCCAAGCUUGUGGUCUCUGGAAAUGAAAAGAACCAGUCUGUAGUUCUCAAUACUUGUACCAAUAAAACCACUAAUGAAAAUGAAGGAAAAGUUGGAAUUGAAUCUCUAUGCUCAUUUGAGAGAAAGACAAUUGUGAAAGAUCAAUCAUCUAAAAGAAAGACAAAAAAGAGCAAAAAUAAAAAAGAGAAAGAAACUUCUAAAUCUUUAAAUAGCUUACCUAAUCUAAAUGGAUGGGCUGAUAAAUUAGCCUUGGAAAAGGAAUCAAUUAGUAUCAAAGCACAACCUUUACCUGAAACACCAUCUAACAGAAGUUUGUCUUUUGAAAUUACACAGAAAGAAAUAGUCUCUUCGCAAAAUCUCAAAAGUACUCCCUUAGAUCCUUCACACAGUCAUAUAUUUUUCCAUUCUGAUGAUGAAGAAGAAGCAAAUUUCAAAAAUGCUCAAAAUAAAAAUCUCAAUAAAAUAAGUCCAAUUAAACAAUUAGAUCAUGCUGACAUUUGUUUGCCUUUGCAAACAAGCUACCCUAAAACAAAGACUUUUAAUAAAUCAGAAGGCAAAAUUAAACAAAGUGCUGAAAGUCACAGUGUUGUUGGUGACAGAUCAAAAGAAAAUGAAGUAAUGGCAGGGCCAAAUGAUGAACUAAAUGAUGAAGAUGUUGAUGUAUCUACACAUGUGCAAGAAUCUUUAGAGGAAACUGUAGAGCAACCAAAGGCUGUAAGGAAUUAUGAAAGUUAUCCCGAGCUGCAAGGCCCACCCAGGGCUGGUGAUAACAUAGCUUUCAAGAUCCUUGAGAUGUCACUUUCUUAUACCCCAGAAAUUUCUGAUUAUAAGGAAGCCCUUGUACAAAGUUUAGACCAGAAUGGUAAGUUAUCACUCUUAUUAUCUGAGCACUCACGUCAAAGAAAAAUUGGAGAUGGAUGCUGGGUAGGAAAGUUCAAACUGGAUUCAGAUGAAGAAGAUGUUGAGGAUGUCCUUGAGGUUUAUUGGUCAGAACUUAUUAAACCAAAAUUACUUUAGGCAGGACAGUGUCACAUAUUUGCUUUUUGUUGAAGUCCUUAAAAGAUUAAAUAUUUUUUUAAAAAUUUCUAAUCACAUGUAUCUUGUUUUUACCUUUAAUUUAGUCAUAUGGUAAAAUAAAAGGAAAAAAUGAUUUGAACACACAAGUUUUAUUAGCAAGUUCCAAUUUCCAAUGGAAUUCACAUCUUGAGAAAAUAAGGCAGUGUAUGAAUUUUAGUCCACUGUUACCUGGCAACUUACAGUUGAAAAUGAAAAAAAUCAAAUAAGCAAUGUGCUGAAAUUUCAAGGGAUUAACAAUAUGAUUGAAGAUACCCAAAAAUCUGGCACAAAUUUAUAGAGGACCUUUCUAUGGCAAGAACGAAUCAGUACAUCUUUGAUAUAAACUUCUGCCUUGCAAGAAAUAUUUAUUUAUAUGAGGAUAGGGAAGCAUCAUCUAAAAUUAGAGAAAAAUUUGUUUGAUGAUAAGACUUUCAACUUUGUUGACUUUCCUGUAAA